AAUACACCAUGACCGGACUUGGUCUUCGACGACAACGUACGAAGAUCAAAUUCGACAACUCACCUGCGUGUAUUGCCAUUGAACAGGCCCUAGGCAAAGUACCCGAGUACAGCCAGGAACCGAGAGCCAACGUCAAAAAUUCAAUUAGAUUAGCACUAAAAGGUGCAAUCGACUGGUUGGGGCAUCGGGGCAGAAGGAAGAACGCGACAGGUGAGACUGCAAACCGUCCAACUCCAAUCAAGAUUCUAACCCCAAGUCGUGUAACGAGGUCACAGGCUCACUUUGUUGCCCCGGAUCCACCAUCAGACGGGCCCGAUUUCGCUACAGGCCUGAUGCGAACGGUGGCUUGCGAAAGAGCUCUUCGCGGGUCCAUUACAUUCAACGUUUCCAGAAUUGGUUAUGGUUGA